UCAGGGGGAGGGGCGGAGGAGCAUCAGCAACAGCCUCUAUGUCAUCGCGUUCACUCAGCGGCGGUGAGGAUGAGCGGAGUUCGUUCGCGGACCCAGCGGCGUUCUCGGAAGGGGCCAUGGAGGCCAUGGAUGCUGGGGACAGCAACCAGGCCGAGGGCGUGGAGGGGCUGAGCUUGAUGCAGCUGGAGCUUAACGAAGAAGACCAGCCAGCGGUAGUGCCAUAUGGCGAGGGGAAAGACAACGGUGGGGUUGGGGUAGAGGGGGACCGAGAUGGCAGUGGUGGGCACAAAUUGUCCUCGGAUGCUGAACCUGUCAACGCUGUUCUGUCGACCCCUUCGGUGGAGCACUCCCAACGUUGGCGCGAAAUCGAUCGCCUUCUUGAGGCCGCCUCACCUGCAGAAAAAGUGCGGAAAUCACCCUCGAUGGUAACCCAUGGUUCCGCCGCCACGGCCGCCGCCGCCCCACACUACGGGGACCAGCGAGAAAUGGCAUCCACGGCGCCCCCUAUUGCUGCUGCUGCUGCUACCGCUGCUGCUGCUGUCACGGCUACCGCUGCUGCUAGCGUCGUAGUUCCGACCGCGCAAGCAGCAGCACCAGCAGCACCGGCCAUGGCAGUGCCAGCUACCCCAUCCGCCGAGGCGGCUGCUGCCGCGAAGCGCUAUCCACUUCUCUUUGCGGCCACCCGGGCAAACGAGGACGUGAUGAUGGCGGCGGCACGCCUUGUGGACCCGGAAGAGGGGGAAGACUUUAGCGGCGGCAGCGGUCGAGGUGCGGCGGAGGCAUCGGUAGUACGGGAGGCGGUUGCGUUUUUGGAGGAGGUCGGGGCCAGUGAGGACGGGGCAGCGGCGGUCUGGCAGGUUCCAGUGCCCGCAGCGGCAGGGGGGGUACGGCGUAGAUGACGAGGGAGAACCACUCCCCCAUUUCCAUUUCUAAGACGUUGUGAGUGUGCUUUAGCAAGUAUUUGCCUUUGACGGGUAGGAGAGCCUUCUGUCGCUCUCUCACAACCCGCCAUAUCGGUUCGUGUGUUGGCUAUGCACGCAUUUUGCUUGUCGCUACGCUCAGUCAAUAUCCGUGCAUAUGGCUUUCUGUGUUGUGCUGUGGUCGAAAAUCUGUGCUCUUCAGCUGUUCACCUUUGGUCUUUCCACGGAAGCGCAGAAUAACCCAUAGCAUAUGCGUCGUGCUCGGCAGCACGGGCCAUAUGGUUGGGCAUGAGGAACCUACAGUAGUCCCUUGGAGCAGAGGUUUA